CCCUCUCUUUUGCUUCCUUCCUUUGCAAUUGGACUGAACCAAAUCCAGGAAAAGAGAAAAAAAAAAUGGCGAUGGCGCAGUGGUGCGGCGCAGUAGCUAGGGGAGUUAUUGCGGCGGAGAGACGCUCUCCUUCUCUAACGUCGUCCAUGGCGGUCGAAGGACUGGUCCCCAUCCUUUGUGGACGAGGUGACAAGAAGACGAAGAGAGGGAAAAGAUUCAAAGGCUCCUACGGAAACGCUAGGCCGAAGAAGGAGAAGAAGAUAGAGCGAAUCAAGGAUAAAAUCGAGGUUCCUCGUUCCACUCCUUGGCCUCUUCCUUUCAAGCUCAUCUGAUUUCAAUCGCUUUUGUGUUCCUUCUGAUUGCAUAAAACUUUACGUUCAUGAUUUGUAAUUUUGAAAAAACAAAUCAAGGGUUUCUCGAGGUUUGGGUUUAUGUCAAGUAAAGAUGGAUUUAAGCGAAAUUGGAAUUGUUCGACAGUGAUUAAUCGUCUUGCUGGCGUUUUCGAUUUCA